UUGGGUCCUUUUAUGUUGCACGAGGACACCCUGAUGCCUCCUAGCCAGAGCCAGCUUCAGUUUUUACUUCAUAAUUUGAGUUUUUAAAACGCCUUCGCGAUGGACGCAGAUAAAACUCCACGUCCGGUCGCUGAAGCCGCCGCGGGGAGUAAAGAUGAGGAGGAGCCGUUCACGGAGGUGAAGAGGCCCGCAAGGAGUCAGAAACGGAAACGCGAAAAGAGAGCGGACAUGAUGGACACCGAGGACGGCGUGGACAACAAACGGCCGCACUUUCCACCGAUUUCAAGCGACAAAUUACAGGGGCCGGAUGAGAUGAUUAAAGUUUCCGUUCCUGCUCACAGAUACACCCCGCUUAAAGAAAACUGGCUAAAGAUCUUCACUCCAAUUGUGGAGAAUUUACAGCUUCAAGUCAGAUUUAACCUUAAAACCAGGAAUGUUGAAAUCAAAACGUGUAAAGAAACUCAGGACAUCAGCGCGCUCACAAAGGCAGCAGACUUUGUCCGAGCAUUUGUUCUUGGAUUUCAGGUUGAAGAUGCGAUGGCUCUCAUCAGAUUAGAUGAACUCUUCCUGGAAAGUUUUGACGUGACAGACGUAAAACCUCUGAAGGGUGACCACCUGUCCAGGGCCAUUGGAAGAAUAGCAGGGAAAGGAGGAAAAACUAAAUUCACAAUCGAAAAUGUGACAAAAACUCGUAUUGUGCUCGCAGACACGAAAGUCCACAUUUUAGGUUCUUUCCAGAAUAUCAAGAUGGCUCGGACGGCAAUCUGCAACUUAAUUUUAGGAAGUCCACCUUCAAAGGUUUACGGGAACAUCAGAGUGGUGGCCAGCAGGACUGCAGAGAGGUUCUGAACCAUGAUGGGCUGGAUCAGGUUUUCCUUUGAGGACCUGUGAUGGGUUCAGAUCGACGCCUCGUUCGUUCUCACCAGAUGCAGAAAAUAAAUUCUAAUUCACACUUUAAUGGACUGCUGGUGGUAAAGUUCUGUAAAUAAAUACACAAAGGAACUAAAGACGUAUGAAGUGCCUGAUGUGUGAAUCAGCAUUGGGCAAACGAUGACUCAGCAAGUUAUUUCUAAGGGUUUUGGUUGAUGGCCAAGCAGGAAUGUCACGGUUUUUCAAACCAAACCUCUGAUUGUGUCUCCAUCAAGUAUCAAGUAGCUUUUUAUUGGCAAGCAGUGAAAAAUGUUUGUUGGCAAAUAAAUAAAAAUCCUUUGAAUCUCCA